CCAUAGUUGUAUGAGGAAGAGAAGCAACAAAGUUGGCAUUAUGACCGACGAGGAAGAAGAGGCUUACAAAAAAAUAGAAAGAGAGCUGAAAAACGAAGUGCUGGAAGAAAAUAAACAGAAAAAGCCCCUCCCGUGGCUGAUGUUUAGCUCUUCAUCGCUAGAAAGCGAGAGGAUGCAUACUAACCCUGCUGAAGGAAACGACAGAAUCUCUAAUGUUGUGAGGAAAAAAGAUGGAAUGACUUUUAACCUUGACUUAAAGUGUGCUCUUCCAGCUAAACUUCCACCUAUUAAGAUUACAUCUACAAGAAUAGUUCAAGAGGAUUUUGAAAAGUGGAAAGAAACAAGAGACAAGAGUUUGAUGGAAAAACUGGAGAAAGCAAAGAUUAGAAGAGAGGCAGUGCUCCAGAAGCGAAAAAUUGCAGCAAAAAGACCAAAGGCAGCACAACACAGAGAUUCCCAGGAAGUUGAUCCAUUUGAAGGAUGAAUGAAAUCAUAGCCUUACCAGUCAUACAUGUUAAAGGAUGUCCAGUCAUCGGCAAUGUCUCUUUAAGACUUUUUAAAAACUUUCCA